AUGGCAUUAUAUGCUGACGACUCAAAAUUAUAUAGAACAAUAAAAUCGGAUGCGGAUACUGAAAAUUUACAGUUAGAUUUAAAUGAAAUGAACUCUUGGACAGAAACGUGGCGUAUGAAAUUUAAUACAAAUAAAUGUAAAGUUAUGAGGUUGUCGCGAAAAAAAAUCCAGUCGCACGUGAGUGAUUACAUAUUGGGACACGAAUCUCUCGAAUUGGUAAAAACCAUCAAAGAUCUUGGAAUAACUGUGAGUGACGAUGUUCGUUGGGGGAAGCAUAUUGCAGAGAUUACGGCAAAAGCAAAUCGAACACUCGGGUUGAUCAAAAGAACCUGCAGAGACUUUGAAGAUCAAACUGUCAGGAAGCUCCUCUACCUUACAUUAAUGGUCCGGCCGCAGCUGGAAUUUUGUUCGGCCGCAGCUGGAAUUUUCAUCAGAGUUGUGGUCCCCGUCAGAAGUAAAAUACCAGCUUAUGUUGGAUGCGGUGCAACGACGAGCUACAAAGUUUAUUUUAAAUUACCCUGA